UGUGUGUGUGUGUGUGUGUGCUGCGUGCGUGUAUGAGAAACUGACUCAGUAAUGAUGAAGUGCUUGUAUCUUGUGUUUGUCGUGUUUCACGUGGCUGCAGGCUGUGCUUUCUCUGAUAAUAAAGAGAUACAUAUUUAUGGACACAGAGGUGAUUCAGUGCUGUUACCCUGCUCCUGCUCUGACCUAAGCAGCAAACCUCAGAGACUCACCUGGUGGACCUACAGAACAGGAAGUGCAACAAAGGUGUUAAAUGAUCAGCACUACCGUAACAGAGUUCAGCUGUUUAAUAACAUUUCUCCUGCUAAUCUGUCUCUGCUCAUAUCUAACCUGAGAGUAGAGGAUGACGCAGACUACAGCUGCAGCACUGAGAAGGAUCACAGAGACAUCAGGCUUCAUGUUAAAGGAAGCAGAGAAACUUCAACACACUGGAUUAAAUCAGAUACAACACCUCCAUCAGAACAGCCUCAGGGUAAAACAACACCUGCAGCACCACUGGUACAAGUGUUCAGCAUUCUGGUGGUUUUAUUGUUGGUGAUAUCCGGUGUAGUAGCAAUUACUUGUUGGAAAUGCAGAGAAAGAAGAUCUAAAGAGGACGUGAUUACUGAAGGAUGUCCAGACUCUAACAGAAUGCAGAAGGAUCAGACUGUAUAUGAUGUCACUUACUCUACUGUAACCCACAUUAACACACCUGGAGCAGCACGGGUCCAGAUCAACACUGAGAAGGAAAUUGAAUAUGCCGUCAUUAUAGCAAAUUAAUCCACUAUAAAUAUUUAUAAUAAUGCUGAAAACAUACAACAUAUUAAAUACAACCUGUGAGGAAUGGAAAUAAUAUUUUAAAUAUAGGUGCUUUUCAUUAUUCUGUUUUGAAGAAGAAGUUCCUGUUUGUUUAUGCUGUGUGACACUCUGCCUGGACUUUUUGUGUUAAGGGGUGUGUGAAAGUCUGCUUGUUUCAUGUGGAGUAUUACACAAUAUUCUCUGUGAAUGGCACAAUGUUGGUUUACCGAUACCAUAAGAAAGAGGAAGUAGUCAUUCUCCCAUCAGCCCUAGUGCUGCCCUGGACUCAAUUAUGUAUCACUCUGACAAGUGUCCUAUAUGUAAAGUUUUUCUUGUUUUGCAGACAGCAGCUACUUUUCAGAAGUGUGUGUACACAUGUGUGUGUGUGCGUGUGCCUAGACUUUGAGCCAGAGUUACAAAGAGAUUGUAAUUUGUCAUCUUUCAUAAUAAGUUGCAUAAUAAUUCUCGAAAGGAGAAGCUUUAAAGGAUGUUGAUGUAAGGGACAAAAGACAAAGUGCAUGAUGGGAAAUAAAUUCCUGUUACACAUGCUGUCAGUCCUACUAUCCACAGCACUAGUUCCUUUUAUACAUUCUGACUUCAAACAAUGACUUCUGACAAUCUGCUUCACUGUUAAACUAAGUGCUAAAAAUAGGCACUGCUCAGGAUGGACUAUAUCUGACUUCCUUAGCAUUCAUUUUAUUAGCACAGGGGGUAAAUUAGAAAUUAGUUAAGCCCUAUUAAACAUAAAACUGGGAUUCUUGGGAACUUUUUAAUCAUGCUUCACUAAAUUAAUUUGUGAUAGAAAUUUGGAAAUAUCAGGUCAGUAUUUUCUACAUCUUACUUUUUCAUAAAAAAGAAAAGAAGGGAAGAAACCUAUGGUUUACAUAUAGCAUUGUGCAGUGUAGAGCAAACACAACUGGGCAAACAAGACACAAACAUGAGGAGACACAGACUGAUGUAAAACAAAAGUGAGUAAAUGAAGAGGGUAGGUUGCAUUGUUCUUAGCUUCUCGGCGUGGUUGAUGGCGCAGCAGUAAUAUUUGGCGGUCAAGGCUGGCUGAGCCUGAGGGCAUUGAUGCUGAGACGGAGGUCAAGGGUUAAAUGGCAGCUUUUACUUGCCGUGAUCCUUUGUGUCAAGACUAAUUGUGACUGGUCAGAGUCUGGAGUGAUACUGGUCUGGUCCUUUUACAGUAUACAGCGGUAAUGACAGCAGAAUGGUGAGGAGAAAUGCAAUGCCAGACUUGGAGCCCCUCUCCUUCACAGCACAUAGUGGAGCUGGCCUUGGUGCUGGACACAUGUUUCUCUUCCAUUUUAAUACUGAACGUGGAGGCUAAUCUAACAUAGUAAAUCUGCUGGUGAGGAUCUGCCUGGUGAAACCCACAUAAACACACAGGGGUCAGGAACAACACAGAAUUGAACCCAGGACCCUGGAGUUCUAAUACUGCAUCAUCAUAUAGAUUUUAUUUUUAUUAUACUUAACAACAAGAAAACUUCACCACAAAGUUCACAGAAUUUUAAUAUUGUUUAGAAUUUUUUGAAUUUCGGUUUGAGUUUCGAAUGAUCCAAAGCCUCAAUCAGAAAGAAUGCAUCAAGAAGCUUUUGAGUAGUUUCAUUAUUUGGAGGUGCAAAAUAUUAACAUUCACUAGUAGUAGUACUACAGUAUAUUGCCUGAACCAGCUAUACAAUUAAUUGUAAAACCAUUUACCAGAACAAUGUUUAUUAAUCUCUGGUCAGCCGUCUAGUGAUUUUUAUUAUGUAAGUGAUAAAAUUUGUUUGCUUUGCAGAUGUUCCACAACAUUAAAUGUAAUUAUGAACCCAUAAAUGUCAUUGUUUACUAAAUAAAAACUGUAAUUGUUGACAAA